UGAACGAAUACUGUGUGUGGAUGCGCCUAUUUUGGUUAACAAACCAAUUCUGGUUCCGUCGUGAAACGACCAUCACGUAUGAGCAUGUGGGGAAUGGACUGAUUAAUAUUUAAGUUGGAAGACUCUGAGGACUGCUAACAAUAGCGACCUGGAAGGAGACAUUGCGUGCCUUCAUUUCUUUACGCAGCCGAUAAAUAGCCCAAGUCUCGGAAGUGUCGACACCGACGUGAAGACAUGGCACCAUGCUAUGCGUUUCCAUGAGCACGGAACGCCAUCACGUUAAUGCCUUGCAAAAAUAGUAAGCGUCUUAAUCGCACGAUGGAACUAUGGACUGAAAGCAGCCACGAGAUGCUGCAGGAAAGUAAGCUAGCAGCUUCGCAAAACUCAACCUUCCACUUCGUACCCAAGCAACUCAAGCGAGUCGCAGUCUGAUACACCAACAUGUCGACUGAGGGGGAUAACGCUCUCAAGCCGGAAGAAGUCAAGCCUAGCUUGCCAGAAUCUCACCCUGAAAAGGAGACGUCUCAAGACGAAAAGGAUCAGUCGAUCACAGGGGUCCCAACUCGCCAUCUACCUCGCCACUUCUCUCGAGCUGCAGUUGUCCAACCAAAGUGGAUUCUCUACACGAGUGUGCUUCUCGGAGUCACGAUCUCGAUGCAGUACGGGUGGUAUACGUCCCAACUCAACUACAAAAAGUUUAACGACGAGAAGGAGUGCAACGCUCGUCCAAUGAAAGAAGGCACGUGCAUCGUGUUCCCCGGACACACUAAGGCCCAAUGGACUGUCGUAGUGAACGCGUGGGUAGUCGGAGGCAUGAUCGGUGCGCUUCUAGUGGGCAAGAUCUCGGAUCGAGUAGGACGUAAACGUGCCCUUAUGUACAACUGCCUGUUUAUCAUUGCUGGUGCAACGAUCCAGGCGGCAGUGUCAAAUAUCUGGGCGUUUGCCUUCGGUCGAUUCCUCGCUGGAAUCGCUUCCGGUGCCAGUACCGGUUGUGUCGGUACGUACGUCAACGAGAUCGCGCCUCCGCAUCUUCGUUCAAAGCUCGGUAUCGGUCUCCAAGGCGGUAUCAAUCUCGGUAUUGUACUGGUUGAUACUACGCACUUCUACCUGGGCUUCCAUGACGGCUGGCGUAUCAUUGCCGGCUUCCCUAUUGUCUUGGCCGGGAUCUUCCUGGUGUGCAGUCAGUUCAUCAUGGUAGAGUCUCCCGUUUGGCUCAUGCUGCAUGGGCACCGUAAAGAGGCCGAGACAGUUUUAGUGCAGCUUUAUGGUGAAGAGAACGUGAAUACUGCGUUAUCGUGGAUUAAACCGAAGAAAGAACCGGUAGACGUAGAGAAACAGGAUAACCAGGAACCGUGCUGGAGCGAAGUUGGACACCAGACAGUGAUCAGGGGCAAUGGUUUGACUUGGAGUGAGUUGUUCGCAGUCGAGAUGCGUCGUCCUCUGGUCGUGGGUAUGGGACUCGCCUGUAUGCAGAAGCUUACGGGUAUUAACUCCAUCUUCUACUACUCGUCCAGCCUGUUCGGUGGCGUCGGUGUGGCGGACGGACGAGUCUGUAACAUCAUUGUGGCGAUCGUUAACUUGAUCCCCACACUAUGUUCGGGCGUGGUGGCGGCCAAGUUCGGUAAUCGACCCAUGAUCCUCUUCAGCACUGUCGGUAUGUGCCUCAGUUCCAUCGGUAUCACGCUGUCGUUAGCGUACGACGCCCCUGAAGCGACCGUCGCUCUUGCUGCUGCGUUCGUCUUCUCGUUCGCUAUCUGCCUCGGUCCCAUCAUGUUCGUGGUCGUCGCUGCUGUGGUUCCUGACCAUGCUCGUGGCUCGGUCGUCUCUAUUGGCAUCUUCGUUGCCUGGGCUGCUAACCUGGUCGUCGGUAUCGGCUACCCAUACCUUGCUACGGCUCUAGAGACGUACAAAUACGUCCCAUUCGCUGUGAUAUCUGGGUUAUCGACCAUCUUCGUGUACUACCUCGUACCGGAGACGUCCAACUUGACUACGGCAGAAAUCCAGGAAGUAUUCAAGAAGAUCCGUGGCAAUGGACGCUUUUAAAUAAUACUUCAUGAAGUAUCAUGUACUACAGCAAUAAGGAAUUUAAUCCUUUAGAAACACUAAUACACAUCGCAC